GGCGCGUGCGCUCUCCGGCGCACGGGCAACGGCUGGGAGGGAACGUUACCCGCUGGGCGUGCUGGUUUCCUUAGAAACGGAGCCGGCCGGGGGAGGCGGUGGAGAAACGUCCACUACAGUGGGGCCCCUGGUGAAGCCAGGAUGCCGUCUAAGGGAAAGGACAAAAAGAAAGGCAAGAGUAAAGGCAAAGACAAAGACAAGAAGAAGAUAAUAAAAGCUGAUGAAUUUACAGUGGACAGAGCCAAGGCCAAUGCCUCCCUGUGGGAGGCCAGGCUGGAAGUCACAGAACUCUCUAGGAUUGAGUAUCGUGAUACUUCCCGGAGACUGGCAAAAAGUAAUGAGGACUUAAAGAAACAGCAGUAUAAAAUGGAGAAAGAUACAAUGUCUGUAUUAAGUUACCUGAAGAAGCAGGAUCAGGAGAAAGAUAAUAUGAUUGAAAAACUGAAACAGCAAUUGAAUGAAACAAAGGAAAAAGCCCAAGAGGAGAAGGAAAAAUUGGAACAAAAAUAUACUGUGCAAAUAAAUGAGCUGGAGGGACAGUUCCAUCAAAAAGCUAGAGAAAUUGGCAUGAUUCAGACAGAGCUGAAAACAAUAAAACAAUUCCAGAAGAGAAAAAUCCAAGUGGAGAAAGAAUUAGAUGAUUUGAAGGAGAAUUUAAGGAACACAGAGCGGAAACAUCAGGAGACUCUUAGAAGAUUGGAGGGCAGGUUUUCUGAAGAAAAGCACCGACUAGAACAAGAGGCUGAAAAGAAGAUAAUAAUGCUGGCAGAGAGAGCUCACCAUGAAGCUCUUGUGCAAUUGAACAAUGCUGGAAGAGCUGUUUUUAAAGAGAAUGUUUAUCUCCAGAAAGCUCUUGCAUACCAUCUGAAGGAAGCUGAUGCUCUACAAAAAAACUCCCAGAAGUUGCAAGAGACUCAGACUUUCCUUUUACAUCAAAAGGAGAUCAAUGAUCUGUUGGUUAAGGAAAAGAUUAUGCAACUUACCCAGCAAAGAUUGCAAAUCCAAACUCUUCAGAAGAAGGUGGUAAGCUUGGAGACCGCCCUGAGUUGUAUGACCAGAGAGUUUGAGAUUGAAGUUUGUAAAAUGCAGCAACAGGCAACGACAGAGAACAAAGCAGGGCGGGUUGAAAUUGACAAGCUGCAGCAACUUCUCCAGAUGAAGGACAGAGAAAUGAAUCGGGUUAAGAAGCUGGCCAAGAACAUACUGGAUGAGAGAACAGAAGUCGAAAGGUUCUUUUUAGAUGCUCUACACCAAGUGAAGCAACAGAUCCUAUUUAGCAGGAAGCAUUAUAAACAGGUAGCACAAGCUGCUUUCAAUUUUAAAAUGAGAGAGGCCUGUGCAGGAAGAACAGAAUAUCCCAAAAUCCGAACGUUUGAUGGCAAAGAGCACAGCACCAAUAGUGUGAAUCAAGAUCUUAUGGAGGCUGAGAAAUGGACCGAUAUUCAAGGAAAUGUGGAUAUUGGAGAUUUGACCUGGGAGCAGAAGGAGAAAGUCUUGAGAUUGCUUUUUGCAAAAAUGAAUGGUUUUGUUCCUAGGAAAUACAGCCAGCGUUCUAGGCCCCCAGUUCCAGACCAUGUUGUUUCUGAUGAUGGAGAGACAAAGGAAUUUGGGGAUGACAGUAAGCUUCAAGAUCAAACCUUCAUCACUCAGCAAGUACCAAUCUCAGACUCUUCUGGUGAAGUGAUGAUACCCAAUAUUCAGAAAGGAUCACAAGAGUCUGACACAAUCAACCCAGUUUCUUCAAAUGAAUCAGGAAAUAGUGUGUGUUUCCACAACAAACUACAUAGGAAGGAAGGUUCCUCUCCUUGAUUUAAAGGCCAAAAUACUUUCUUCUUCUUUUUUUUUUUUUUUAAAGAUAGGGAGAAGGUUGGGGAGGGGUGGGGAGUGGAAGAGACUCUUUAAGCAGGCUCUACCCCCAGCACAGAGCCUCCACCCCACAACCCUGAGCCAAAAUGAUUUGGACGCUUAAUUGACUGAGCCACUCAGGCAUCCCAGGGCAAACACCUUCUUAAGGCUAUCAGUGACUCACUGUGAUGGUGGGGAGGCAAAGGAAAAAAGUCAAUUUUAGUAAAAAUUUCAAGGAUAAGUUGGUAAUGGAAAUUACAGGGUAGAAAGUUUAUAUCCCUAUUACUAAAAAAAGAAAGGAUACUAGAAAAAUAGAACUAGGAGCACAGCAAGAAAUAGUUGAAUGAAGCCAGAUUAUCUGACAAACUCUUCCAGCCCAUUCUCCAUGCUGUCCCAUUAAAUAGCAUUUAAACACGAAUCUUUGCUGACUUUACUAAGAAUCUUACAAAUGUGUAAGUUUCUGCAGAACUCACUGCAACCUGGUAAGUACUAAUAUUAUCUAAAAGUCCAUGGGGCGCCUGGGUGGCUCAGUCGUCAGGGUCCUGGGAUCCAGCCCCGCCAUCGGGCUCCCUGCUCCACGGGAAGCCUGCUUCUCCCUCUCCCACCACCCCCCCCCCCCGCUUGUGUUCCCUCUCUCUGUCAAACAAAAUCUUUUAAAAAAAUAAAAAUAAAUAAAAGUCCAGCAAUAUAGAGGAAGAAGUUCCCAGGACGGAUGUAACAAGUAAGAAGGGCAAUGUUGUUUCUUGUAGGUUGGAGAAUGUUUCCGGCAGUAAAUCUCCCCCUCUAAGUCCUUGCUAGGCUGUUAAAACUGGGGAAACGCUGUGAACAGAGUUAGAAACCAGAGGCCUCAGGCAUGCAGCUCCUCUAGCUCUACCACCUCUCCUUAGGGUAGCUUCAGAAAGGACCCAAUCCCUACUAUGGGCCAGUGUUGAGGGUGUGUUGAUAAACUAGGAGCUGACUUUGGGUUAGGAACUUGGAAUUAACAAUUCCUGUUUAUUUUCUAUCAUCUGUUUCAGAGAUGAGCUCUAAAAGAUGAGCUCACCUUUUCUUUUUUUAAAAAA